UCAUGUUUUUCAGUUUCAUUUGUAAUGCGGGAUUUGUUUUUAUUUCAAAUCGUAACAUCUCGAAACAAAUUCUGAUUCUCUCUGUCAACACAAAUUGUAAGUAAAAUAUGAGACUAAAACUAAAGAAAAUUAAUUAAAGUAGGUGUUUCAUAAAAGCAAACCAAAAUGUUAUCAAGACUUUGUGCAAAUACCAGGGUAGCCACAUCGUUAUUCCGUGUGGCAGCCCAAAAUGUACCCCAGAGGCAACAUGUUUUUCGGAACAUGGCCAGAUCUAGUCGAAGGACUGAAGCAUUACGAGAGACAAAAUCAGAAACACUACGAGAGCGCUUAUCAGCACCAGCUGGUGAUGGAGCUUUCAGUAUAGGCAAAGGUGCCGUAGCUGGAGGUGCGGCUCUCGGGUUAGGAGCCCUAUGUUUUUAUGGUAUGGGUCUUUCUUCAGGAACUGGGGCUAUAGACAAACAUCAUUUGUGGCCAAAGUAUGUAAAAGAUCGUAUUAAAACCACUUAUUUAUAUUUUGGAGGCUCGAUUGCUGUAACUGCUGCAAGUGCAGCCGCUGCUUUUAGAUCGCCUAUUAUAAUGAAUUUAGUGGCCCGAAAUGGAUGGAUGGCUGUUUUGGGCACUAUUGCGGCUAUGAUGGCAACUGGGACUUUAGCUCAAAGCUUACCAUACCAACCUGGGUUUGGUGCUAAGCAAUUAGCUUGGAUGCUUCAUGCUGGUGUAGUAGGUGCUGUAAUAGCUCCUAUUUGCCUUUUAGGUGGCCCUUUGUUAACUCGUGCUGCUUGGUAUACAGCAGGUGUUGUAGGUGGAUUAUCAACUGUUGCUGUAUGUGCUCCAUCUGAGAAAUUUUUGUAUAUUGGAGGACCUCUUGCUAUUGGAUUAGGUGUAGUUUUAGCAUCUUCAGUUGCUACAAUGUUUCUACCACCAACAACUGCUCUUGGUGCAGGAUUGUAUUCGGUUUCAUUGUAUGGAGGUCUCCUUCUAUUCAGUGCUUUCUUACUGUAUGAUACACAAAGAAUAAUUAAGAAAGCCGAAACUUGGCCACUUUAUGCAUCUCAACAAUAUGACCCUGUUAAUGCAGCUUUAUCUAUUUACAUGGAUACAAUUAACAUCUUUAUCAGAAUUGUCACCAUUUUGUCAGGAGGCGGUGGUAACAAACGCAAGUGAAGAAAUGGAUAUAAUAAAGUCUAGGACUAGAAAAUCUGUCAAUAUUGUAGUUCUAUCCCAUCUUCAUA